AUGAAUCUCAAUCCUGGUGGCAAGCAAUCACGUCUCCGAGACUCGAUUAUUCCCUCUGAUGACCCACUAAUCCCCCAUCAUCUCCGUGGCCUUCGGCAACAAUUCUGCUAUGAUUCUUCACACCCCGAUCCUAAACGAGCCGGUCAACCCAAAGGAAUUCAAGCAAUCUUGGAGGAGCGGGGGAUUUGGCAGCACUUCACUUCCUUAAGAGUCCAAGAAGGCAAGCCCGCCUUGAAGCUUCAAUGCAACAGCUGCACGACAUCCAACAUCCGAAAAGAUGCUUUGAAUCGCUCAGCAAAAUUAAUUCAACAAGCUGAAGAUGCUGGCUACUUCUUGACCCCGGAACAGUGUGUCUCGGAGCAUAUGGCAGCAGAAGGGCAAAGCCCUGAGAUCGAACCCAGUGAUUCAGAUGCAGCCAACAACACAACUGAAAGCACCAACUGUUGUUGGUCAAAAAUACUAUCACAGCAGUCAGAUUUCAUCAAUGAGCGACCCUUACUCCAGACAAUCAUUGAAGACGCCGGGCACAUUUGUCUUUUCUUACCAAAAUUCCACUGUGAAUUAAAUCCUAUCGAGCUCUUCUGGUCUUACAUCAAGGAGUCAUAUCGAAAGCAAUCACACACUGCUGGAUUGUUCGCUGCCUGCAAGGCUCUUUUUGACCGCGUCAGGCAGUCCUGCCCACUCAUCACAAUUAGAAAGUACUUUUGUCGAAUCAAUCGACAGCUCUCAGUUUAUCAACAGGGCUACAGUGGUCCUCAGUCCGAGAUUUUGAUGAAGAAAUACAGUUCACAUCGUUGUAUUCCUCGACGAGCUGCCAUGGACAUCGAUGUCCUCAAUGCCUGA